AGCAGCGCUGCGUCCAUGUUCUGCAGAAUGCAGCAGAUGUCUGGAAUGUCUGGAUGCUGCGGGACUCUGGGAUUUAAGCAGGAAUAAUACCUGCACGGAUCCGCUCUGAUGGUCCUGGACUGAGAUACGCUGCUGCGCGUGGCAUGAACAGAACCAGUCUACCGAAGAACGAGCUUAGAACAGGAUGUCGUCCCUCUCAGAGCAGCUCCAGGAUGUACGGACUCAGGCUGAGGUGUGUCUGUAUUCUGGGGGGCGUGUGGUGGAGCUUCGGACCGGAGUGGUGGCGAUGGCUAACCUUCCCUUACCCCCCUGCUCUAAGUAUCGGCACAUCGCUGCAGAGACCAUGAUCAUGGAAAAUAGCUUUGGCAGCAACAGGAAGGAGACUCUUGCUUCCUUACAGCGACUUUCUACAGUGCUGAACAUCCUGGAAAAGUACGGCUGCAAUCUGACCAAUCCCAGCAGGCCAAAGUACUGGAGGACAGUGAAACACAACAACCCCGUUUUCAAGGCCACUGUUGAUGCUAUUCAGGGUGGACGAGCAGUGCUGUGUCUCUAUGGUUACUCCUAUCAGCAGCCAGACGGGCUCAGCUUCCCUGAUGACAUCACAGAUCCUGAUGUGGGUAAAGUUGCUGCAGUAACACUGGAAGUAAUGAGUCUAAGGAUGGAGCUGGAAAUGCUUAUAAAGGAGGCUCAUCCACACCCUGAGUUCUAUGAGAGAAUCAUCCCUACACUGAGACACAAGGAUGUGGGUCUGAACACUGAUGCUGUGCUCUGCCACUCUUCCUCCUCCUCAUGUCAUCCAGACAGUCAGACCAAGUCUCUAGCGUUCCCCCUCCACCACUGCUCCUCCAGGAGCAGCAGCCACUCCCUCUCCACCAACCUCAAAGCCGUCAGGUCCACUGAGAUUUUUUCUACCAGUUCCAACAAGCAUCCAGAGAACUGUACGAUUUGUGGAAUAUUCCGUAUCUCUGCCCACUGCCUGACCUGUCUCCAGGGACUCUGCUCUGAGUGUGAUAGACUGUAUCACUCUUAUCCUGAGAGGGCCAACCAUCGUCGAACAGCUGUCACAUCAUCAUCAUCUUCGUCCAAAAACAGGAGCAGUGGCAGCUCUUUCACCUGGUGUUGCCUUCACUGCACUAAAGUGAACUCGGUCCAUUCUGUGCUGUGUGAACAAUGUGAGCAUCCUCGCUUGGAAUCAAACAGCUUCAAAGUGGAGGAAUGUCAGGCUGCCACAGUCACUGAGUGGCACUGUAAGAGCUGUACUAUGGUGAAUGCAACCAGCAGUAUUCUGUGCGAAGUCUGUGAAAGACCUCGCUUGGCCACACGCCCUCCAGUGACCCCUUCACACCCACCAGUCACGCCCCCCAGACCACCAGCACCUGUUCUGGGCAUGCCCGGUGACCCCGAUAGUCAGUGGGUGUGCCAGUUCUGUACCUAUCUGAACUACUCCCCUGCUACAAUGUGUGAGAUGUGUGACCUGGCCCGUCCAGAACCUGCACCCCUGCCCGUGAAGCUCCACCCUCCCUCACCUGUAAGACGGGUCCCUGCCUUGCCAAUCAAGCCCAAAGAGCUGGCCCCUGAAAACCUAGAGUCCUGGAGGCAGAAGCUGAUGAAGGAGGAGGGGCUGAAGCUAAUUCAGCUGAUCAGGGAUGGAGAGAAGAAAGGAGUGAGUCCAGAAGAGGUUUACACGAGCAUGAGGGUGGCUGGCAGGAGCAGCGUCCUGUCCCGCGGCUGGUUAAAGACAGAGCUGCCUCUUCUUUUAGACCAAAUCAGACUUACAGUAGCAACGUCCUCCUUUCAGUGUGUUUCUGACCAGACCUUGAUGGAGCAUGAUAACACAUCAUGUAAUGCUCCUGCUGAGGUUGCUGGGGAACAAGCAGACUCGGCAGAUGUUCAGAGAGUGAUCCAGCUGUCCCGAGCCGAAGCCAAGCAGGCUUGGCUGAAUGCUGGAGGAGACUCUGAGAGAGCUGCUAGACAGGCUCUGAGAGACCGACUCGCCAAGGUGAAGGAGCUGAGCUUCCUGGGCUUCAGUGAUGAAACUCAGUGUCAUGAGGUUUUGAGGCAAAGUGGUGGUGAGGUAAGAGGAGCCCUGACUCUUCUUCAGAGACCCCUCCUGGAGCCCUUUAACAAGAGAAUUUGGAACGACAAGCCUGAUUCUCCAGUAGACAUCCACCACCCUGACAAACAGCGGACAUGUCGCAGGCUCCUGGCGGUGUAUGAUCUUCCUAGCUGGGGUCGCUGUGAGCUGGCGCUGUCCUUACUCCUGGAACAAGGUGCAUCAUACUCUCUGGAAGACGUAGUGCAGGCUGUACGAGAGUCACACGACAGGGAGUUCAUCAAGAGAGUUUUAGCUAAAGAGUGCCCGAUCUGCUUGUCUGUUUUUCCCCACAGCAAGAUGCAGUCUCUGACAUCGUGUCAGUGCUCUGUGUGUUGUGGCUGCUUCCAGCAGCACUUCACCAUUGUUGUAAGAGAUAAACAUAUCAGAGACAUGGUGUGUCCAGUCUGCUGGGAGCCAGACAUCAAUGACCCCGAACACCUUAACAGCUAUUUUUCCACACUGGAUAUCCAGCUAAGAGAGUGUCUGGAGCCGGAAGUCUACGAGCUGUUCCACAAGAAGCUAACUGAGCAGGCUCUAAUCAAGGACCCCAAGUUUCUCUGGUGCUGUCAUUGCUCAUAUGGAUUCAUCUAUGAUGGAGACCAGCUGAAAGUUUCCUGUUUCCAGUGUCGAAACAGUUUCUGCGCUCAGUGUAAAAAACCUUGGGAACCACAGCAUGCAGGUCUGUCCUGUGACCAGUACCAGUCCUGGAAGAGAGAGAACGAUCCAGAGUACCAGAGACAGGGUCUGGCUGGAUACCUGAGAGACAAUGGAAUCACCUGUCCCAACUGCCGUUUUCAGUAUGCGCUGUCUAAAGGAGGCUGCAUGCAUUUCUGCUGCUCCCAGUGUCGUUACCAGUUCUGCAGUGGCUGUAACAACCCAUUCCACACGACCUGUGCAGUGGAUGAGUGCAGCGUGUCCGGCCUUCAUGCCCAUCAUCCCAGAGACUGUCUCUUCUAUCUGAGAGACUGGGAACCUUCCAGACUCCAGGCCUUACUGCAGAAUAAAGGAGUGGACUUCAACACAGAACCUCCUCCUGGAACACAGACAGGUCUGUGUGGAGUAAUAGAGCAGAAAGAUGAAGGAGGAAAGCAGUCAGAUUCAGCCUGUGGAGCUCAGACCCAACCUGGACACGCUGCACUCUGCGAGAAGCACUACCGGGAGUACCUGGUCAGCCUGAUCAACAGCCACUCCAUCGACCCCGCCCCCCUCUACAGCUCCAAUGAGCUGCUGUUGGCCUGCCGAAGGUACAAGGUGGACGACACCCGCAGAGAUGGAGAGGACACGUUUACCUACUGCAGCAGACUGCUCAAGAAACUGAUGGAUGAAGUCCCACUUGGUGACAAGGCUCAUCAGACGAUGCACAUCGUGGGUCUGUCUGUUCAUCGCCUUCAGCAGACGUCGGCUGCUCUUCAGGUUUACCAUCUACAAACAUCAGCUCCUGUUCAGCAGAUGGUGGAAACAGAGAAGCUGGAGUUGGUUUUAGUAGAAAUUAAACACAUGGAUCAGAAAACAGCUGCACUAAUGAAAUGAGAACUAAUAAAGGAAUUAUCAUUCAACUCUU